UUUUUCUUGUGGAAAUAUAUUGAGAUGGCAUUUGCACCUCCCAAAAACCUAGAUGGGCCCAAAAUGCAGACAAAAAUGAGUACCUGGACACCGCUAAACCAUCAGAUUUUGAAUGAAAAGAUAUUUGAAGAAAGAAGAAUCCUACUUGGAAAAUGGUUUGAUAAGUGGACAGAUGCUCAGAGGAGAAGAAUAUUGAUAGGCUUGUUUGAACAGUGCUCUGUGUCACAGCAAAAAUUCUGUAGUCGGCAACUUCAGCAAAGAAUUCCAGCAGAAGCAGUGGAUUUCACGACCAAGCUGCCUCGGGUGUUGUCUUUGUACAUCUUUUCUUUCCUAGACCCACGAAGUCUCUGUCGAUGUGCACAGGUGAGCUGGCACUGGAAGAACUUGACUGAAAUGGAUCAGCUCUGGAUGCGCAAGUGUUUGCGUUUUAAUUGGUGCAUCAAUUUCUCUCCAACCCCUUUUGAACAGGGGGUGUGGAAGAAGCACUAUAUUGAGAUGGUGAAAAUACUUCAUAUUUCUAAGCCCAAGACUCCACCAAAAAAUGAUUUUAUGGCUACUGACAUUCAGGCAGCAUCAGGUGACCCUAAAGGGGUGAAGCAAUCCCCUUCAUCUGCCCUUCAUUCCUCCUGCUCAUUUAGGAAGAAGACUAACCGAGGGGAAAAGGAUCUUCCACCAUGGCGUUCUUCUGAUAAACAUCCCACUGAUAUCAUUCGGUUCAAUUACUUAGACAACUGUGAUCCCAUUGAACAAGCUUGGCAGGUAAAGAAGAAAGGAAGUGAACAGGCCUCAGAUUUCAACCGACAAUCACAUAACAAGAAAAAUAAAUUUCAAGACAGAUCCAAGCUGAGAAAAGCACAAUCACUGGUAUCAUUAGAGACAGACUCCUCUCCUCUGAAGGUACCAACUCACCUCAACUGGGCUUCUUAUGAAUCACUAAGAUACACAAAAGCCAGAGCCCAAAUGGUCACACAUCACUUUCAGGAGCAUCAUAGACCCAUUCAGGCUCCAGAGCUGAAACAGAAUUAAAGCACCAAGUGCUUUUAUUGAUACCACAAGAAGAUCUGACUAUAUUUAAUGAAUACCUGGCUUUUUACCCUCCGGUGGAGACUUAUGCAACUGAAGUGUCGUAUUUCCCCAAAAUAAUCCUACAGAAUGUCCCAAGCUCUGAUUUGGAAUCUGAAAACCCAGAUCUGGCUCCCUGACUUUGCUAUUUAUUAGCUGUGUGACCUUAAGCAAGUCACUUAUCCCUACUCAUUUUUCCCCCUUAUCUGUUAAAUAAGGAUAAUAGGAUCUCUAAAGAGAUUGCAUCUCUGAAGCUAUGAUUCUGUGUUGUAUGUAUAAUUCAUAUGUUUAUAAGACAUUUACAACAUUGAGAGAAAUGUGAUUGAUCAUUCACACUUUUGUGUACUAAGAUAACUAAGUGAGAUUAUUAACACUCAUAGUCAGACUAAGCAAAAUGGGAUGAUGCCUCAGCACAAUUUUGUCAGGAUUGUAUGCUGCAAUCAUGAGGAAAUAUAAUGAUAUUUAUAGCUUGCUUUUUAAAAAUCUGCAACAUGCUUCAUAUAUAUUUCACCAUAAUCCUGUGAGAUAAGUACUGAAGGUAUUUUUCAUUCUAUUUUUCAGAUGAAGUAACUGAAUCUCAGAGAAGUUAAGUUAUCUGCUCAUGAUCAUAGGGUUAGUAAGUGACAAGGGGUAUGUGAACCCAAGCCUUCCUGAUUCCAAAACUCAGAAUAGAUAUAAAAGGAAGGGUGAACCAGAACUCUUACCAUGCCCAAACAUUGGCUAUUCAUCAAGAUUUCCAUUUAUUGAGAUUUGGGGGAGGGAGCACAGGUAAGAAUUCCUAAGCAAGAGAAUCUAGGGCCAUAACCAUUUAUUACAAUGGGUUUAGGACCAUAGAAACAUGGUGGGUCUUAGAACUGCAACCAGAAGGAUUUCUUCAAAGCCCAUGAGCGACUCUAUUUUUCAAGGUGCUUUACUUAGAGGUCUUCAAUUAGCAAGUCUCAGACAAGUGCUGACGUGUUUGCAUUCACUGUAAUCUACAAUUGUUUUUUGUAAUAGAAGUUUAGGCUCAAAUAAUUGGAAUUAGUGUUUCAAGAGCAUUUAUGUAUUUUAAUAAGCUAUUAAAAGUGCAGGGACAUUAGAGGAAUGAAUGCUUAAAUUGAAUCAUCUGACAUUCUAUAAACAUACAUAAUUAUGAUACUUGACAAAUAUAUCUCAUGAUAAAGCUGGUUAUGUGAUAUAUCCGAAUCAAAAGUUAAUUGGAUAUUUAUUUACCUGCAAAAGGUACAAUCUUGGGUGUGUGCCUGUCUUUUAUAUGUUGUUCUCCCAAAUGAAUACAGAUGAUGGUGGGUUUUUGAGUAUUUGCUUCCAAGAAAUAUAUGAUGUCAUAAUUUUUAUUGCAAAUAAAUAUAACUAUUAUAAAAUGUCUUUCCAUUUUACUUAAAAUGCUCCAUAUUCAUCUUUGGAUGUUAUUCCAUUUCCUUCCUCCUAACCCAGUCUGAAAAGGACUAUGUCAAGACUUCUCAUAGGAUGCAGGUGGGUGGGUUUAGGAGAAGAGAAAACUGGCAUAGCUGGAAAAUUUCCACACAGGGAGGAGCAAGGAGCCAAGGUGGGAAACGGGAUAUGGAUCAAUAAGCUGAAAGGCUAGAGGCAAGUAAUGAUGUACAGAGGGGAAGUGGGAUAGACACGGUCCAAAGGGGCCCCCAAGAUGUUAGAUCUAGGGUUGGGUGAAAGCAUUUUUAGUUAAGAAGUAAAUCUUGGUUUAGCAAGUCUUUUGUAGAUUUGCUGUUUUCAACGUCCUGCAAGCUUUUUUUGAUCUCCUGAUUUGCCUGACUGGCCCCCUUCUCCAGUUUCUCCUGGAAUUGACUUCUGGAUUGCUUUUG